AUGCAGCCCUUCAUUGCUACAAUGUAUAAGGUACGCCAGGCCUUCUAUGCCGCAAUUAUCAAGAGCCUGUUGAGGACGAAAUCCCUACUUCAAACUAUUUUCAAUAUAUGGAUUUCUCCGCCAGUUAUCAAGGGGGAGAAUGUCGACGAAGACGGCGCUAUAUGUGGGGGGAAGGUCUUGUUGUUGUCGCCAUUCUUGGUUGAUGUGGCCAAGGCCUUCGAAGAAUCAAAAAAGUCGUCGGUGCUAAUGGCCUUAUCUAACGGGUUGAGGGACCAGUUUGGAGAAAGCUUAUUGGACAAUCCUUUGAACAUGCUCCCGUCGUACAACCAUCAGCUUCCAAGCGGCGAUGAGCGGGGGACGUAUCUUGCUCUAGAUGUAGGGGGUUCGACUUUCAGAAUUGCCCUGAUUGAGCUCUCGGGACGGAAAUCCGAAAGCAUAGGGACCACUAUAUUGAAGAGGGAUUCAUUUAAAAUUACGAACGACGUCAAGCAGCUCAAAGGGAUGUUGUUCUUUGACUGGAUGGCGGAGCGCAUGGGGGAGACGUUGUCAGGGCAGCAAGAGGGUCACGAUAUGUCAGAAGUACCCCUAUCCAUGGGGAUGUCAUGGUCAUUCCCCAUUGAACAGACUUCCCUUCGAAGUGGACUUCUCCAGGGAAUGGGCAAAGGAUUCCUAGCGGCCCAUGGGCUUCUGGGACACGAUCUAGGUGACCUCAUCCAAGAUUCGUGUUCAAGAAAAGGUCUUAAUGUGCAACUAAAUGCUAUCGUUAACGACUCGUCGGCAACUUUACUCUCAAAAGCAUAUCUGGAUCAAACCACUCGCUUUGCUGUGAUUCUAGGCACUGGCACGAAUGCCGCAGUCCAUCUUCCAGUACAUAUAUUCUCUCCUCCAAAAUUCGGGAUUCGUCCAGCCUCGUGGCACGAUUCAGCUACACAUGUCAUCGUCAACACCGAGCUCUCCAUGUUCGGCCGUGGGAUCUUGCCUUAUACCAGAUGGGAUAAAGCGUUAAUAGCAGGCCACCCCCGGCCAGAGUUUCAGCCCUUAGAGCAUUUCGUCAGUGGGGGAUAUCUGGGUGAGAUUGUACGCCUAAUAUUGGUUGAGGGGAUUCAAACAGCCGGUCUGUUUGGUGGAGUUGUCCCUCCCAGUCUCAAGGAGCCCUAUUCGCUAGAAACCGAAACACUAUCACACAUCGAGUCCGAUAUAAGCCCCACGCUUUCCUCUGCACAGCAACUCUUCCUCUCCCGCCACCCAACUACACACCCACCCACGCUAGCAGAUAUGCGUGCUCUCCGUGCAAUUGCCUCCCUAGUCUCCCACCGCGCAUGUGGCGUCCUCGCAGCCGGUAUCCAUGCGCUUUGGCAGCUACGAAACGAUGCCGAAUCCAUCACCGCACAGUCGUCAUCACACACCCUAGUAGCAUACAACGGCUCCGUCCUCGAGAACUAUCCCGGAUUUAGGGUGUCAUGUCAGAAGCAACUCGAUGACCUUGUUGAGGCCUCUGGCAGUAAAAAAGGCGUCAUUGAGUUAAUGUAUGCUGAGGAGAGCAGUCUUUUGGGGGCAGCGGUUGCGGUGGCUUGCAUAGACGGAUAA